UAGCACUGGAGACAGUGUGUGUGUGUGUGUGUAAAAAAACAUAUUGGAGACUGAAUCCCUCCAGCAACCAGUGCAGAGCUAUCUAUCCAUCUCUCUCUAUCGGGCAGGAGCUGAGACCCACUGCAGCCCUCCCAGAAGGAGAAGGAUCUCACCAUACCUGUUCCUUCACCAUCGAUCAUUCAGCUUGAAGAAGACCACAGCUCAGUCAUUGAGCGCAUCUUCUGCAGCUUAUUCAUCUCUCACCUGUGGCUGUUUUUUUCCUCCAUUAGACUAUAAAUAUGAUCUAUGCCACCUAACACCCAGAAAUCUGAAUUUAUUUGAGGAUUAUGAGUCCAAUUAAGCUUCAUUACUAUUGACUCCCAGCAAUCUGCAGGAGCUGCGAUUUCUCUGGAGGUUCAACUUGUGUUGGGGUCUACACAAACGUUGCUUCAUUGAUUUGGGGAUCCAACAUGGGCCUUUGGAGAAGGUUACAUGGACCUGAUCUGUGCCAGGUGUUAUGUUCCUGCUGGAUUUUUCUUAUUUUAUUUUGGAGGGGACUGGCCUGCCCUACUUCAUGCAAGUGUAACUCGUCGAGGAUCUGGUGCACCAUCCAGAACCCUGGGAUUGUUGCAUUUCCAGUUCUGAGGAACACUGCACUGGCAGAGAACAUCACUGACAUUUACAUUGCAAACCAACAAAACCUUGCGUCUAUAAAUUAUGAUGAUAUCAAGAUUUACACUGAACUGAGAAACCUGACUGUGGUUGACUCUGGACUUAAAGUUGUGUCUCGUCUGGCAUUCCGGAACAACCUCAAACUAACUUAUGUAAACCUUUCCCGAAACACGCUGCCAACUCUAACCAGGAAGAAUUUCCGCCAUCUUCCGCUGUCUGAACUAAUCGUAAAUGGCAAUCCAUUCAAGUGUUCGUGUGACUUAAUGUGGAUUAAGGUAUUUCAGGAGGCUAAAUCCCUUGGGUUGGAGAACCAAAAUAUAUACUGCCUCACAGAAAAUGGGAAGAAAAUUGACCUUUCCAGCAUGCAGAUCCCCAACUGUGGCUUUCCGGUAAUAAACGUGAGUUCAACAAACAUUACGGUCCUAGAAGGGAAUGAUGUGACCCUUUAUUGUGAUGCCACUGGACUUCCGGUUCCAAAUAUCUCCUGGGAUGUUUCUCAGAUUAACACAACGCAUACUGUAGAGACCAACAAACGUCCAGCAAUCCUUAAAUUAAAGAAUGUGACUUCGUUUGACAACAAGAAGAUCAUUUUCUGUGCAGCAGAAAACAGCGUGGGUGAUGAUAAGGUUUCCGUGGAACUGAAUGUACACUUUCCACCGACAAUCACAUUUAUUGACAUUCCAACUUUGGAUCAUCACUGGUGCAUCCCAUUCAGUGUGAGGGGUAAUCCAAGACCUAAACUGCAGUGGUUUCACGAGGGUGCCAUCCUGAGAGAAAAUGAGUUUAUUUGGAGCAAGAUCCAUGAAACAACGGAUAAUCUGAGUGAGCAUCAUGGCUGUCUGCAGCUGGACAGCCCAACGCAUUUCAACAAUGGUUUAUAUACGUUACGGGCAGAAAAUGAAUAUGGAAAACAUGAACGCACAGUCAUGGCUCAGUUCAUGAAAACUCCAGAUUAUGGUAGUGAUCCAAUUACUGACCCUGGAUUUUAUGAUUACGAGACCACUUCAAAUGAUAUCGGAGAUACCAGUACAGAUAAUGGAAGUGGCGUCACAUCUACGGAUGUUUCCAAUGAAGGGAAUGAAGACAGCGUCACCGUAUAUGUCGUUGUGGGCAUUGCAGCUUUAGCGUGUACUGUUCUGGUGAUAAUGCUGGUCAUCUUAAAGUUUGGAAGGCACUCAAAGUUUGGACUGAAAGGACCUUCUUCAGUGAUUAGCAAUGAUGAUGACUCAGCCAGCCCUCUCCAUCAUAUAUCUAAUGGAAGUAACACACCGUCUUCUUCAGAAGGUGGACCUGAUGCAGUAAUUAUUGGCAUGACAAAAAUCCCUGUUAUUGAAAACCCUCAGUAUUUUGGAAUAACCAACAGCCACCUUAAACCAGAUACCUUUGUUCAGCAUAUAAAGAGGCACAACAUUGUUCUGAAGAGAGAACUUGGAGAAGGGGCAUUUGGAAAAGUGUUUCUGGCAGAGUGCUACAACCUUAGCCCUGAACAAGAUAAAAUCCUAGUUGCAGUAAAGACGCUAAAAGAUGCCAGUGACAAUGCGCGAAAAGACUUUCAUCGGGAGGCUGAGUUGCUAACAAACUUACAGCAUGAGCAUAUUGUGACUUUUUAUGGUGUUUGUGUGGAAGGAGAUCCACUCAUCAUGGUCUUUGAGUAUAUGAAGCAUGGCGAUCUGAACAAGUUCCUGAGAGCCCAUGGACCAGAUGCAGUCCUCAUGGCAGAAGGAAACCGUCCAGCAGAACUCACUCAAUCCCAGAUGCUUUACAUAGCUCAGCAGAUUGCAGCAGGUAUGGUCUACCUGGCUUCCCAGCACUUUGUUCACCGAGAUCUCGCCACAAGGAACUGUCUGGUUGGAGAAAACCUUCUGGUGAAGAUUGGAGACUUUGGCAUGUCAAGAGAUGUGUACAGCACUGACUAUUACAGAGUUGGAGGGCAUACAAUGUUACCCAUUCGCUGGAUGCCCCCCGAGAGUAUCAUGUACAGGAAGUUCACCACAGAAAGCGAUGUUUGGAGUUUAGGGGUGGUUUUAUGGGAAAUUUUUACUUAUGGAAAACAACCCUGGUAUCAGCUAUCAAACAACGAGGUAAUCGAAUGUAUUACUCAAGGACGAGUCUUACAGAGACCCCGAACUUGCCCAAAGGAAAUCUAUGACUUAAUGCUUGGUUGUUGGCAGAGGGAGCCUCAUAUGAGGCUAAACAUCAAAGAAAUACACAUCCUCCUUCAGAACUUGUCCAAGGCAUCUCCAGUAUACCUUGAUAUUCUUGGCUAAAAACUCAAGACGUUACCCAUAUGAGCUUAGUGUAAGAACGUGGUGAGCGCCUGCUGAACUCCAUAAGAUGUGUUAUAAACUCUUACAGUAUUACCGACGAAGAUGCUGAGAAACUUUCAAAGGGCAAGCAACACUAAUUUCUCCAUCUGUACAAUACACAGUACUGAAUAUUUGCCAUUACUAAAUUCUAUCUGAUUCUUUUAAUUUUUUUCUGCUGAGCUAAUAUCUUUUUACCUUCUUGCUUUUUUUCUUCAGUUUCUCCUGUCCCACUUUCUUUAUGCUUCUGCCUUUAUGUAACGCAGCGUACAUAGACAAAGGCCUUAAAACCUUCUGUAUUAAUCAGCAGACAUACAAGUCUGCCUGCAGCAUCUAACAAUGCCUUCUUGUAUUCCUGCCUUUAAUGUGGAUGAAAAAAGGGAAAAAAUAAAAAAGUGACACAAACGUUGGGCUCCUGCUGUACAUACCUAUAGUGUUUGUACUGACUCUGCGCACUAAAGAUGACCAAUUUCUGGACUAUGAUGUAUGGGACUUCUGGAAAAAGCGGACGAGAAAGAGAAGUACUGUGUUGAGGAGACAAGUCAAUGGAGCUGUCUGCCUAAAUAUAAAUCAACACAAACACAAGAAAUCAUUUCAGUUCAUAAUACUCAGAAACAAACAAAACAUCCUAAUGCAGGUUGUUCUUUAUUGUUAUGGUAACAUAAGGUAGAAAGGUCUGCUAUAAUUUAUGUUCACCUUCCUAAAUGUAGUGAAUACAGUAUUAUAAUUACGUCAUAAGCGACUCAUCUUAUGAGACCACAGUCAUCACGUAGUGUUGAGAAUUGUACCUAGAGGACAAUCUAAUAUUCACCAGUUUAAGCCUACUUUAAAGUUCAGUUUUGACAAGUGUGCACAUGAGCCAUUGUGUGUAUUGAUGGGCUACAACAUCUACGAAGAUGGACAGGUGAAUGUGACAUAAAACAUAUGUAUUUUAACUGUUGUAACAAAUAUAGCAACAGGCCUAGAUUGAAUCCUGGUCUGGAAAAAGGGCCUCCAAAGCAUGACCAAAUGUCUCAAAUUUACAUUCCUAAGGUUGGUUUGUUAGCCUAUUUUUUUUUUACUUUUUCCUUCAUGGACUGUGAAUUGAAGUUCAUAUUUCUCUGUAUUAGAUUGUAAAAAGUGGCAACCUUUCUAAAAUGUUUGUGAUGUUAACCUUGGAGACAGCGCAUGCUUAUAUACGUUACCGGCAUGAUGUGUCAUAUUCAAAGCUAUAGAAAGUACACAUAUGGAACUUGUAUCACAAUUGCAUUUAACAUAGCUUAGGAAGCUCUCCUUUUAUUCUGUCAGAAAACCAGUGAGGAAGGUUUAUGUAUUACAAUUCUCUCAACCACUAUAAAACUCAAUUAUAUAUGAACAUGUAGCACAGUAAAGGAAAAUGCAUCGUGUGUAGAUAAAUGUAUAUAAAUGAAGUAUAUUGAAAUAAAAGGGAAACUGUAAAAUAUGUUUGAUUUGAGGACGAAUUAUAAAUAUGGAAAAUAGCCUCUGGAGCAGAGGUUUUAGCACAGAAAAUAGUCUCAUUUUGGGUCUGGUAAUGACUGUACAAAAUUUUUAGCAAUGUUUUAAAAACACAGUAUAAACGUGAUACAGUUAUAUAUGUGCGAAUAUUAGUGUGCUGUUUCUUAGUCCUAUCCGGAAAACCAUUUUAUCUUUCUUUUUAUGAACCUUUUGCAGCAUUAUUCACUAAGUUAAAAAAAAAUCUGUGCCUACUCAAACCGGACAGCUUAUUGCAAAUGGAUGAAGGUGUGAAAGAUGUGAAAUGUAUAACUCCGUGAAACGUACUAGAAUGUCUACAUUCAGAAACAUUUGAUUUUUACUUGCACCCACGUUGUUUCACUUAGACAUUAGCGCUCAAAUUGAUAAGCUGUGUAAAGUGUUGUUUUGUGCUACUAUUCUUCACACUAUAUGAGAACAAGAGUAGCUUUUCAAAAAACAUGGAUGAAUUCCUCUUAUUGCCUGCCAUGUGAAACGUAUAUUCUCAGAACACAUAAAUAUAUAUAUAUAUAUGCAUUUAUUGUUAAAAGCAAAUCUGUUUGGAUUUGAUGUACAGUUUCAACAAAUAUGUGCAACAUAAGAAAUGAUUAGACGCACAUAUUGGGUUACAUAUGUAGGCUGGGUGAUGACGUUUAUAUAACGCAAGCAGGAUAAAAUGAGCCUCAUGCUGUAACAUUCUCUAUCUGUGGUUUAAAAUUUACUUUGUGCUAAGUGUCUGUCAAUAAAAUAUUAACCCUUUAGUAUCAUAGAGGAAAUCAAUAGACUGCAGUAAGAGGAUUGAGUCAGUGCUGGUUGCAGUACCAGUAUGGCAGAGUGGAAAAAAAAUGUUACAGUUUCAUGUAACUGUUUAAAAUGAAUAUUGUAAUUAUGUGGACCUAAGCAUAUCCUCAGGAUUUAACCAUAUAGUCCCACUUGGCUGGCUAUAUUUAACAAUACCCAUUGCUUUAUUUCCAUUGGCUCAGCUUCACCCAAAUUAAGAAGACACUUACAGAAAAAGUAGUUAAACAUUACAUGUAUGACAGUAUUUAUGUACCACAGUCUAGGUCAUCAGUUCAUACACAGAACAUUGUGAUGAAUCCAUUUCCAUCGUUGAUGUCUCAUUUCUCCAAACAGAUAAUGAUACUUUGAGUCAGGAAGUUUUCAACAACAUUAUCAUAGUCCUAAUUUAUGAACCGUGUUACUAUAUUCUAAAAUGUUCAUUUUUUGCACUAUUAUAUGAGUUAAUAUAUAUUUCGGAAAUUAGUUGUAUAUUAUGGCUAACCUGACUUUUUAUGUUUAUGGAACUCAUUGGUUGUAUAAUAUAUGGCAAUGACUAACACAAAAUGUGUAUCAGUUAAUGCAAAUCUAGGCCGAACCUGCUGUCACUAUUGUGUGGCUUGUUUCGUCUCCGUCAUACGACCAAGAAUAAUGAAAUCUGAAAUUUUGCUUUUGAAAGAAUGUAUUUUUUGUUCUUUUUUUUUUAAACUGAAACAUUAAAGGAAAAAAUAAAAGGGAA